UGCCAUUAAUAGCUAUGACUGGAAAGAUGGCAUCUAGUCUUACUUGUACAGGAGUGAUCUGGGCAUUGUUUUCCUUCCUCUGCGCUGGGGUUUCCUGUGUGGGGUUCUUCAUGCCUUACUGGCUACUGGGAUCUCAGCUGGAGAAAUCGGUGUCGUUCGGCACUUUCCGGAGGUGCUCCUACCCGGUACGAGACGAGAGCCGCCAGAUCACUGUGAUGGUGGAGCAGUGUGGACGCUACGCAUCUUUCCAGGCCAUUCCGAGUGUGGAGUGGAGGAUCUGCACUGUGGUGACGGGGUUGGGCUGUGGUCUUCUCCUCCUGGUGGCCCUGACUGCUCUCAUGGGCUGCUGUGUGUCCGAGCUCAUCUCCAGAGCUGUGGGCAGGGUUGCUGGAGGCAUCCAAUUCUUGGGAGGCUUGUUAAUUGGUUCUGGUUGUGCUCUUUAUCCUCUGGGCUGGGACAGUGAAGAAGUCAGGCAGACUUGUGGUAACCUUUCCAACCAGUUUGAACUGGGGACUUGCGAAAUUGGCUGGGCUUAUUACUGCACCGGAGGAGGGGCCGCUGCUGCGAUGCUGAUCUGCACUUGGCUGGCCUGUUUUUCGGGCAAGAAACAAAAACAAUAUCCUUAUUGAGGCGCGAAG